AUGUCUUCGGGAACUCAACCGUUCGUCCCCCAUCCCUUCCGCGACUGGCCAAAAGGCGCAGAAGUCAAGACUUUCAAGGGCAGCUGCCACUGCGGAGGAGUGACACUCGAAUAUGAUCAUCCAGCUCUGGAAGAGCGUCCUCCGGUCUCGUGCAACUGUAAAAUGUGCACCCGCUACGCUUGCCUGUACAUCUACGGACCAGAAAGUGCGCUGCAUCUGACCAGAGGGGAACCAUCCACCUUCCUAAGCAGAGGAAAGGACGUCAACUUCUAUUUCUGCCAUUCAUGUGGUUGCAUGCUUUGCUGGACUGGAUGGGGACGUUCUGGUGCCAAUGUUCGAAUGUUCGACGGCGUAAAGGUUGACAAACUCGUCCUCGAGUAUCAUGACGGAGCACAUCUCGUAUACGGGUUUGGAGGUUCACAUCUUUACAUAUCCCUAAUCGAAACCGCACCCAUGUCGUCCACUACGCAAACCACAGAACCAACAAAGGAUGGUGACGCUCCAACCCAAUUAUUCAAGGGCACCUGCCACUGUCGCAAGUUCGCAUUCGAGUACAAACACGCGCCGCUUGACGUGAAGAAGGCUGCGCGCUGCAAUUGCUCGUGGUGCGCCAGAACUGGUGGCAUUUAUAUAAUGGGCCCCGAAAACAUGCUGACUCUCGACCCGAAAUUUGGAGGCUGGGACGACUUCACCAAAUUCGAAAACAAGACGAAGACGGUUAAGCAUUACUUCUGCCCCGUCUGCGGCAAUCUCAUGUUCUGGACGGGAAUGGACCUUCUUGGUGUCAACGUGCGCAUGCUUGAUGGAGUAGAUGCGGACAACCUCGAAGUGGAGAUAUUUGACGGGAAAAACCUCCUGUGAAAGAGAUUCUUCGUGAAUAUUACAGUCAAGGAAAGAUAGUUACAAACGGAGUCUGCGAACAAUACAUGACUUGGAUUG